AUGGCUGUUCCAAUAUUAACCAUUCCUGAAAGUGCUUUUGAUCCAAGCCAAUAUGUUUCAGCACGUCAAAAGAAUAACCUAAUCACAUUUUUGUUGAAACUAGUUAGAGGAUCUUCCGCCCUUUUGGUACUUAUGUACUUGGUUGGGCUUUUUGGUAUAAAACCGCUCAUGGAGGCAACAGCUCUUCAGAAAUUGGACUUUCUUGAAAAAUGCAGAGGAAGCUUACGAGACUUAUAUCUCAACAUAAUUGGUAAGGUCAACUACAUACCGAUAGUAACGGUCAACAAAAACAAUGGAUGCAGAAAACUAUACGCAGAUGCCAUUUGUCAAACAGACGAGCUUGUUCAACCUACUGAGUCCGAAGAAACUCAAUCAACGCUUGGCAUGAAUAAAGUUGCGUCAAAGCUACAAAGCUUGCUCGACUCUUUGAAUAACUGUACGACUUUACUGACAACUGACAUGCCCCAUUAUCGUGUGGUAGACUAUACGCUCAAAGAUUUCAGACAGAAAACCGACAUGCUGUAUUUUAAUCAACGGAACUUUUUCUCUGGGCCAACCACACAGAACGGGAAGAAGCAGGUGCAGAAGAAUAUGGCGCAAGAGGUGAAGACAGAUAUCCGGGGAAUUAAGGGUUUAUACAUGAGUGGAUUAGCAUAA